AUGGCAGCACGUCCAAGCGUGCAAAUGUGCUCGGCAGUUCUCAUUUUCAGUAUUCUGCCCAUGCUUGUAAGUGGCGACGGUCCACUAACUACGCCGGUGCCAGCACCAGCCCCAAAGCAGAUUUGCAGUGAGUGCAAUUGCCUGUCGCCUGGCAACUGGAGAGGUCAAAUGGCACUGGAAGCCUGCAGUGAGCUGUGCUAUGGAGAGGGUUCUUCAUACUUCAGGCAUGCCAGUGGUACGAAGCCUGAUGGCCAGCCAGGGGAUAGCAAUUGCGCUUGUUGCAGCGACAGCGCGACCACGAACAGCGACGAUGGCUGGGGGAUUCGUGUUUUCGGCUACGAGACUUCUAGCUCAACAUCCACGUCCUCUUCAAUCCCCGCCUUCACAGAGAUUUGCGCUCAGUGCGAUUGCCCGCAAGUUGGCGACUGGAGAGGUGUCAUGACGCUGGAAGCUUGUAGCCAGCUGUGCUACGGAGAGGGCUAUUGGUUCUUCAAGCACGCGAGUGGCACCAAGGCCAAUUUCUUUCCAGGAGAUAACAACUGUUCCUGCUGCAGUGGCACUACAAACAAAAAUACCGACGAUGGCUGGGGCCUUCGUGUGUUUAGCUAUCAGGAGAGCUCCAGCCCGACCAAUGCAGCCGGGGCUGGGUGCAACAACCACUGGGCAAUGGGGGCUUCUGUUUCCCUGCUACUAACCGCGCAGGUCUAA